AUGAGAACAUAUAAUGAUUAUUCUUACUCUCGUCCCUUAGAUGCCAAUUUUGAUUUAAAAUCAUAUCGUUCUCACGUUAAAGAUAGAUUGAAUUUGAGUUUGAAUAAUGAUUUGAAUCAAUCAAACUUUAAUUCUGUAAAGUAAGAAUUUAUCUCUAAAGAAAAGAAAGGAAAAUCAUUAAGGAGUGCCAUCUUUUGAUAAUUUGUAAGCAAGAAUUCGAGAUUUAUCUUAAUCACGUAUGACAACUUUAAAUUAUAAUUCUAACGAUGAUUAUACUCCUUAAAAGAAUCUCUAUUCUCCUCAUAGAGCAUAUGGAAUGAAAUAAAUGUAAUUAUUAUUAAACUAAUAUCUUAAGAAUUUCAAGUAAUUUAGGUUAGAAUCUUGUGAUCAAUUCAAAUGAAAAAUAAUCUCAAAAUUCGAAAUCUCAAUCUUCAUAAAGAAAACUAUUUUAAAGACCAAAUGAUAAUCUAUAAUUAUCAUUAAAAGGAUCAUAGAAAAAAUAAGGAAGACUAUUGUCUGAUGCAGUACAAAUAAAUGAAAUUGUAGCAUUGCGAAAUAAGAUUGAAUCAUCAUUAGUUAGUAGAUCAUCAUUAACUUCGACGUAUAAAAUAAUAUUAAAUAUAUAUAGUUAUAUAAGUGAGUUAGUGAAAUUGGCUUAAGCAAUUACCACAUCUCUAAAAUAAGAAUGA